AGGGCAUAUUUAAAUUCCAAACCUCCUUAUUCAUAUAUCUCGCUGAUAACCCUUGCUUUAACGUCAUCCCCCAAUAAAAUGUGCACUCUAAACGAAAUUUACCAGUUCAUCAUGGACAACUAUCCAUUUUACAGACAGAACCAACAACGUUGGCAAAACUCUAUUCGCCACAGUUUGUCUUUUAAUGAUUGCUUUGUUAAAGUUACCAGACAAGCAGACAAACCUGGCAAAGGGAGUUACUGGGCCCUCCAUCCAGACUCACACAACAUGUUCGAGAAUGGAUGCUUUUUGAGGAGGCAAAAAAGAUUCAAA